AUGGUUAAAGACGACUACGAUCCCCUUGCGAUCGUGAUGGCUCCGCCAGCCAAGGAGACCCCAGAGGAACGGGCUUUGCGAGAGCAGAAGGAAGUAGAAGCCAAACAAGUAAGCGACAAGAUUGAUGAAGCCAUCAGGCUGGAGCGAGUAGCGCUGAGGAAGCAAAAAAAUAUUUUGCGUGUUCUGUUAUUGGGGCAGGCUGAAAGCGGCAAAUCCACUACAUUGAAAAAUUUCUGCCUAAAGUACGCCUACCAGCAAUGGAUUCAAGAACGCACCUCUUGGCGUGCCGUCAUUCAGCUGAAUUUGAUUCGCUCGUUCAUCACCAUCCUCGAUACAAUCCAAGCAGAAAUUAACCACGAGCCGGUGAUAGACCCAGGGGGAUCUGACGACGACGACGACGAAGAGACAGACGCAGUCAUAGAACCGCCAGUUGCUGCGGUUUCUGCGGCGCCAAAGGUGACCCCCACCAUUCUCAACGAAGCCCAUCAAAUUUUGGCACUGCGUCUUGCGCCCAUUCGACAGUUGGAAGGGACUUUGAAACGACGGUUGGGGAUCAUGGCAGACGAAGUUCAUAACGCCCCUCCGGAAGAGAUGCGUGCUACGCCUUUUGACCCACCCACCGUUCCUACAACUGCGCAGCGUCGGAGAGAGUUGAUGGUGAGGUGUUGGAGCGAUGCCCUCAAGUCUAAUCUCUCUGGCGGACGUCGAGAGUCGGAUAAGUCGCGUGACGGCACCGACAAAGUGACGGACGUACUAGCUAGUUGUCGGCAAGACUUGCUCGCUAUGUGGAGGGACGCCAACGUCAGGAAAGUGCUAAAGAAGAGGCAUAUCACAUUAGAGGAGUCUACUGGAUUCUUCUUGGAUGACUUGGAGCGCAUCGCCACGAAUGACUACGAGCCCACGGAUGACGACGUUGUCCGUGCCCGGCUUCGGACGCUUGGAGUACAGGAACAUAGGAUCCUCUUUGAGCAGGGUGCGAUCCCUACCUUCUCUAUCGGACACGAAUUCGGGAAGGAAUGGAUGAUAUACGACGUUGGUGGUUCACGGACAAUGCGACAUGCAUGGCUUCCCUAUUUCGAUAACGUCAACGCGGUCAUUUUCCUUGCACCCGUAUCCUGUUUUGACGAGCGGCUUGAUGAAGACCCCUCCAUUAAUCGAUUAGAGGAUUCGUUUAUUUUGUGGAAGGCUGUCGUCUCUACUCCUCUCCUUCAGAAAGCCACUAUGAUCGUCUUUCUGAAUAAAUGUGAUUUGCUGAAGAAGAAGAUAAAGAGGGGUGUACAGGUGAACAAGCACAUGCCGAGUUAUGGGGAGAGACCGAACGAGGCAUCGAGUGUGGUUAAAUAUCUACGUGACAAGUUCAAGGACAUGUUAAAGCAGUUCUCUCCAGAACCGAGGAUAGGCUAUCUGUAUCCCACAUCUGUCACCGAUACCAAAGCGACCUCAGCUACGCUAAAAAGUGUACGCGAUGGUAUCCUCCGUGAACAUCUUAAGAACGCGAACUUCGUAUAA